AUGCCGAAAGCACGUACAACUCGAUUGCAGCCUAACUCAAUUCUACGACGCCAAUAUAAAAAGGAGACCCAAAUUAUACCUGACUGGGAACAAACAAACGACAAGUUUAGGCGAGCCGAAAAGCGUCUCCCAGAGCUUGCUGCAGAAGCUUUGCUAAAACUUCAAAAAGUCUCUGCGUACAAACAAACACGAUCGCUAGUAACAAUCGACAUCUUGCUUCCUCUCUCGAAAUCUUCUUUGGAUAAACUCAAGGAGUGGGAUAGCCCAAUUGGACGUGCUGCAAAGGCAUUUGAUGAUUCAAUAACGUCUGUUCAAAAGAAAAUUGGAGGGGAGCAAGUACCUGAAAUUUUUGGUAAUGAGCUUAAGUUAAGAAUAAUUUGCUAUUUGAGAGGAGAACAACGACAUAAAAACGCUGUGAGUGAGGCGUGCCAGCGACUCCACGGGCAUAAUGAGCAGCAAGCUGUUCAAGAAGAAAACGAGAUGCGAAACUCGCUUAUUCAACUCUUUGAGGAUUGUGGAAAUCCGACCAAGACUAAUCAACAAAGCCAUCUGCUCCAAAUUUGUGACGAGCUUAGCAGAAAGACGUUAGAUCUCGAGGAGGCAACACAGGAUUUAAUUACAUUUCGAGAGCAACUCCAACAAAGAUUACAAGAUGGCGGCAAAGUUGAGCAACAAGACAUUGACAAGGCUGCAAAAAUAAUCCGUAAAGGAGGUCUCGGUAUGCCUAGGAGCAGUGAUGAGGAUUGGGCUACCGAAAUGGCCGCAUGGUAUCUCGGUGCUGUAAUAACUUCGGCUGAGCCAAACGAAAACAACCAGCCAGAGUGUCAAGCUAUGCCGACGUGGGCUACUGAAACAUGGGUUACGGCGCAGGACAUUCCAAAAGACAGGAUAGCCUCGCUGGAGGCAUUUUAUAUUAUUUCGAAUGGACCGUAUAAAGAUACUUACGGUGCUGAAGAUCAACUGAGGGGAAACGAGAAGUGUUGGUCGGCUUCGGGCCUUCGGGCAUCCAAACCAAUUGAUUGGGAUAAACUAUCUGCCGCGCUGGUCUAUGUCAACAAAAGUAUUGGAACUUGGCGAGUCACAUGUAAAGCAUGCGAGUCUGAAAGGAUUCAAGAAUGGCAGCUCAGAUGCGGUUCUACCAAAGCUUCAAGCGCGGUCUAA